UAUAUUUAAUAAUAAAUAAAAAAAAACAUUUUAGUAUUAAUAAAAUAGCGUUUUAAUAUGGAAGUGCUAAACAUUUGAGCAGUUAAAUAAGUUAACAAUAAAUUUAUUAAACAAACAUUUAAAAAAAAAGUAAUAAUAAUAUUAAAAGAAAAACAUGAAUAAUACGGGAGCUGCAACAAUAAGCUUAUUAUGUCUUCUCUUAUGGGGUUCUUUAAUAAAAGCUCAAGUGAUAUUAAAAACUUGUUCGCGUGAUAAUCUCUUGGAUUGCCCCAACAACUCAUUGUGCACACAAAUCAAUGUCGAUCACAAUGAAGCUUUAAAAUGUAUUUGUAUAGAGAAUUAUCAAUUAAAUCCAAAUUGGUCGGAAUAUCAACAUCUCAAUAAUUCCAUACUGCUGCAGGAGCACUAUUGUCUAGCUAGCAAAGAUACUGCUGAAACAAAGCAGCCAAAUAAACUAUUAGUUUAUAUACGUUCACCAGCUAGAAAGGAACAUUUAGCUUAUGGCAUAUUAAUGGUCUUGGCGGCUGCUGCUUUAGCUACUGCUGUCCUUUAUGGUAUUAAAGUUUUAAAACCCCUAAAGAAAACAAAAGCUGUUUAUCAGCAAUUAAAAUAUAAACGAAGAAAUAUAACACCACUACAAGAACUGGAUGAAUUGGAAAUGAAUAGACGUUAUGAAAUGCAAACAAUAUAAACAGAUAAUAAAUAAUUGUAUUUAACAAUAAUAAUAAUACAAAAACGAACUAACUAUACUAGUGCUGAGAUGGAGUAAUGUAAAUAUUAGAGAAACAUAUAUUGUGGGUGCAAAGAGGAGGAGAGUGUGAAAAUUGUGCCGUAUUUAUUACAAUUUUAUAAGCAUGUUGAACAACAUUUAUCAAAAUUUUAUCUAUUUAAUAUGAAGGGCGAACAAAAAUAAAUUUAAAUGUGUAAUUUGUAAAUAUAUAAACUGUUUAAUAAUUAGCUGUGUUUACAGAAAUAUUAUUUCAGAAAUAGUUUAAAUAAGAGACUCCAGGCUAGACUAUAAUUUGAACUGCCGAUUGCAUGUAAACUAAAGACUUAUUCAUUCGUCUAUUUAAUGAAAAUUUUAAUAACAAUAUAAACACAUCAUAUUUUCAUAAUAAUUUAAAUUCAAUUACCUUUUAUUUGCGAUAAAUUCACAUCUUAAAU